AAUAUGUAAUCUUCUUCUUUCGAUACCCAAAUUUUAAAUCCCGUUUUUUUUUGGGUACUUUUUAUAAUUGUCAGUGGCACUGACAUGGGUUUUUUGGGUACUAAUAUAUUUCGUGGGAAAUGUAACAAGAAACCAUAUAACAAAUUGGGAGAAACGGAUUUGAAACGCGUUCACAUUUGAAAGUCCAUUGCUCUGAGGUUCCUCACUCUCCCCUUUUGAUGCUUCUUAAAUGUGCCAAAACGGUCGCCACCGGCAUCUUUGCUAGCUCCGGCGGCGUGAACUUAGAGGAUCUCUGUCUUGAUCAUGGCGGCGGCCACCGCACUGAGCAGAGCUUUGUUUCUAAUGGGGUUUCUUCUAUUUCUUCAGCUGCAGCUUCCUGAAACAAUGGCGGAUUGUCCCUUGGACUUGAGUGGAUCAAACUUUACUUUAGUUGCUUCUAUUUGUUCUAACCCCAACGAAAGAGGGAAGUGCUGUCGCUAUAUCAAUGCAUUUGUUGCAGUUUCUGUGGCUCAGCUUGCAAAUUCAACUGGUGAACUAGGAGUUUCUUCAAACUUAACCAACAUUUGCCUGCAAUCUAUAUCUCAAACCAUGGAACUCUAUGGAGUUCCUAGAAAUGCCAUGGUUUUCUGUGGGGUUGGAACGAAAAUUCCAGUAAACUACGCGUGUAGAGGCCGAGAAACCGUCACGCAGAUGCUGGAAUCUCCGAAGUUUACGAAAGUUGGGGAGAAUUGCAGAUUGCUGCUAUCAGAGGAGAGUGCUUGUAGGAAGUGUAUCAAUGCUGGGAUUUUAUAUCUCCGCAAUCUUAUUGGGAGAGAAGAUAAUAUAACAUUGAAUACCUGUCGUGAUGCUACGUUUGUUGCACUUGCUAGCCAACUUGAUGCUGCUUCAGUGAUUGAUCUUGCAAGCUGCUUCUUUGGAGUUCAAGGUCUUAACAGGCCUCCAGCUCCACCUCCAUCUUUGGCUACACCGGAUAUUUCCCCAAGUCCAUCAGCUGCUGCAAGUCCCGGGCCACUGGCGCUAGGUGUUUCUGAUGGUAAACGUCAUCGACAUCAUUCCUACCAUGUAACAUUAGUGGCAGGUAUUGGCAUUGCAGUGACUGUAGCUUCUGUAAUGAUGCUGGUUGUCUUGAUUGUGCUGAUCCGAAGGAAAAGCAGAGAGCUAAAGGAUUCCGAGAAGACGGAUGCGAACUCUUCAAGAUCCUUCCCUUCUCGUCCCAUCAAAAAGUAUCAGGAAGGACCUUCCAUGUUUAAAAAGUUCAGCUAUAAGGAGAUCAAGAAGGCAACAGAUAGUUUUAGUACAACAAUUGGACAAGGAGGAUACGGGACUGUUUAUAAAGCUCAAUUCAAUGAAGACUUAGUGCUAGCUGUGAAGAGGAUGAACAAAGUCUCCGAGCAGGGGGAGGAUGAAUUUGGCAGAGAAAUUGAGCUGCUUGCGAGAUUACAUCACCGACAUCUCGUUGCUUUAAGAGGCUUUUGUGUCGAAAAGCAUGAACGGUUUCUUGUUUACGAGUAUAUGGCUAAUGGAAGCUUGAAGGAUCAUCUUCAUGCUCCUGGCAGGACCCCUCUAAGUUGGCAGACAAGAAUCCAAAUCGCCAUCGAUGUCGCUAAUGCUCUGGAGUACCUUCACUACUAUUGUGAUCCCCCACUAUGUCAUAGAGACAUUAAGUCCAGCAACAUUUUGCUGGAUGAGAACUUUGUUGCUAAGGUUGCCGAUUUUGGCCUUGCACACGCUUCAAAGGGUGGUUCGGUUUUCUUUGAACCCAUUAAUACCGAUAUCCGGGGAACGCCAGGUUAUAUGGAUCCUGAGUACGUUAUCACGCAAGAGCUUACUGAGAAAAGUGAUAUAUACAGCUAUGGCGUGCUACUUCUGGAAAUAGUUACUGGCAGACGGGCGAUACAAGACGGGAAGAACUUGGUUGAAUGGUCCCUGGCGUACAUGAUUUCAGAUUCGAGGAUAUCCGAACUAGUAGAUUCAAGUAUCAAGAGUUCUUUUAAUUUGGACCAACUUCACACAGUGGUGUCAAUUGUGAGAUGGUGCACUGAGGGAGAAGGCAGGACGAGGCCCUCGAUUAAACAGGUGCUUCGUCUAUUGUACGAGAGUUCGGACCCGAUGCAUCAAGGGCUCAUAGAAGCUGUUGAUGAUGAAGAAUAUGGAGGCAAUGAAGGGAGGCAGAGCAUGAGCAAGAGAAAAAUGCAUAAAAGUGAUGUGAUUUUUCAGUGUGGAGAUGGAAGGUACCUUGCUUCUUCAUCAAGCACAUCUAGAUCAUAUUGUAGUAGAAGCUUUUUGCUUGAAACUGGUUCACCACAGUCUCCUCCCAAUAUUUUGUCUGUCUCAGACCAAUUAUUUUAGAUAACUUAAAGCUCUGUACGAUGUAAUGUUAGUACCUUAAAAAUUGAACUAUGCUCGUAUUAAUAUAGAAAUCUGAAAAUUCUUUUAUAAGAUGCAACUUUAUUGUAUUCAAC